CGGCACAAAGCCUCCAUCAGCAGACCCGUUUUCACAGCUCUGACUUCCUGCCGCCUGAAGAGAGAGCUUCGCGCUUCCGCUUUUCUUUCGACAGACGGCCACCUCGUACCCGGGCAGAGCAGCGUGCGCCCCUAUCCUCCGACCCCGGGGCCCACUGGACUCAGGACUCACGCGCAGACUGCGGGAAUGCUCGGACCGGACGGGUGAACACGGCACGAGUCACCAAAGCCCUGUUGUACUUCCGAGCACAAAGUAGCGUUCGCUAAAAUGGGGCGGAGCUUCCACCAGUUGCUGUUCCCGCUAUGGGUGUUUGCGUUCGCACUGAACGGCGUAACGACCGUGGGCGCAGUCCCAUCUUUCGACCGCCCCGCGGCUGACUCACUGAGGUCGGCUGCGGGUCGAGGCAGACGUCUGCUCCAGUUCACAGGGUCAGAACGCGACCUGCACCCCACUGCGACCCUGACCGCAACAGGACGGGGACCGACUGCUUCCCAGCAGCCCGCAUCGCCACAUACCCCGGAGAUAUCAGCGACAUCCGCGGAGCCGGCAAAGUUCUCCACGAGGCUCAGAAUGGCGGCCUCUGCUGGACGGAUGAGGAGGAGCACUGGGGCGUUACCGGGAGAAGUAACCACGCCCCCCAGCUUGGGAUUAACGACCCUUCGGGUGGGAAGCCCAUCAUCUCCUACCAAAGGAGAGGUACACCAGGAAGUCACCCAACCCAGGCUUUCCCAGGAGUUCUUGGGAGAAACAAUUGGGACCACCCUGAACCCAAACGGUUCUCCUGAGUCAGCGGACCACACCACAUCAAGACCUUCGGCCACCCAGCUCACAACAGCAAGACUGGAACAGACCACUGCCAAGGUCAUACCAAAAACCUUCACCCCCACAGUGCAGACCCUCACCAAAUACGUCGCACCCACUGCCCAACCUGCCUCAACUGGCCUCACUGGCUCCACCAAACAAACUCCAAAAACAGACACCCUCCAGGUCUCAACCGCUAUCUUGAAAACCACCAAACACAUGACUCCUCCCCCUUCCCCGACUCCCAGUGUCACCCCUACGACCACCACCAUUGGGACGCCAUCAACUGCCUCGGCAACUGCCCCAGGCCCUCCGGCCCCCAUAACCAACCCGAAGAAGACAUCUGAACCCUCCGGCGGCUCCAGCGGCUCCGGCGGCUCCAGCGGCUCUGGCAACUCCAGCAGCUCUGGCGGCUCCAGGAUCGGGUCGGUGGUGGCGGGGUUGGUGGGCGGGGCCCUGGUGGUGAUGCUGAUCUGCAUCGCGUUCAUCCUGGUCAGGAAGCGUCGCCAUCGGCAGAGGCAGAUGAACGACCCCGCCUGGGCGGGCCCCACGCCGUUCCUGGACGGCAGCGGCGGCGUCGGCCGCCAGCCCCGGCUCAUGGCGGACGAGAGCGCAGAGGACGGGCCGCGGGAGUCCAAGCGCAUCUCUCUGACUGGCUUCUUCCCCCACGGGCUCUCCCGCCGGCUCUCGCACCUGAAGGAGGUCGACGAGCAGAUGCUGAUGACCGACAUCACGCAGGGGAGCACCUUCGGGAGACCUGAGGAGACAAAGCUGGGGUCCGGCAAUGGAAUAGCAGAUCAGAACCAGGACCAGGACCAGGACCAGGACCAAGACCAGGACAAUGACAAGGACAAGGACCAGGACAAAGACCAGAACCAGGAACUGAAUCAGAACCAGAUUCAGACCCAGGAUGACACCACUAUCUCCACAUCUGGCUCUCCCUCUGCAGAGCAGGCAUUGGCCCCGCCCCCGCCCCCUGCCCAGUUGGAAGACAUCAGUCCAGACCCAGCCCCUUCUGAAGCCACACCCCCUCCUCCCCAAUUGGACGAAAACCACCUGGUCCCUCCUCCUGCUCUUGUUCUGCAGGAAGUUGACCUGGGUCCCCCGGCCAGUGAGACGGACAUUCCUCCUCCCCCGCCGAGCGAGAUACCCUUUGUCCCGCCCCCCCCGCCACCUCUACCCUCCUCCACAUAGUGGACCGCCAUCGCUGCCAUGGCAAUAGGUGAGAAGCCAGCAGCUGAGCCUGAAAAUCACUCUCACCGCAAUACAGAAACAAAACCGAUGCAGAUCAGCGAUCCAGCACCUGCAGUGCCCACAUACCCGCCCACCUGCCACGGAAUGCCCGCGUUCUGCCCAUCGAGGCCACGCCCAUCAGAAGGUUCACUUUGUUCCUGUCAGUGACUCAGAAGGACAAAUUAUGAUUCUCUUGUGUGACGCUAGAAUGCAACUCUGAUAUGUCCCAGCCUACCUUGUGGGAAUUUAACUUGCUCGCUCACAAUUUCUUUAAGAAAUUAACUUGCUCGCUUGCAAUUUCUUUAAGAGAAUAGACCUGAAUGUUUUUCUUUCUUAUUUUUUGAGUGCUUUAUGGUGAUAUCCAUAACUGAGAUCUAUUGUAUGACCAUUAAAAUAUACCCAACACAUUCACAAAUGGGAAAUAUACUCUUUUUCAGCAAAACUGGCAUAGGUGGAGGUUAAAUCAGCAAAGGCAAUGAUAGCUUCAUUGUUUAUUGUGUAUAGGUUUUUACUGGGGCAGCCAUUAAACAGGCAGACUCAUACAAUGCAGCAGAGUAGUGUGUGUGUGCAUGCGUGUGUGUGUUUGUGUGCAGGCGCUGCAAUUCCACUAAUGCCCUCCAAGCUCAGAACAGGAGCGGGGCCAUGGCGAUGGGGUGUGUGUGUGUGUUGGGGGGGGGGGGGGGGGGGGGGUUGAGGCGUUAUGUCUAAUGGACUAGGGGGGUACACAGGGGCACAGGUGACCAAUUAAAUCAUCACACCCAGGGGCCUGGGGAGCCCAGCUGCUCACAGACCAGCCUGUUAACCAGUCGUGGGGACGGAGAGCUCCGCAUUAAAACUAAUGGAGAGAGGAGAAUGGCUCGCCACUGGACCCAGCCUGGCCUUUCCCCAAUUACAACCACACAGAGCCAGGGAGGGGGGAGGGGGGUAGAGGAAGGAAGAGGUGGAGAGACAGAGACAGAAAGCAAGAAACAGAAAACAGAGAAAACAGAGAAACCAGAGAGAGGGGGAGAGAGAGAGAGAGAGAGAGAGAGAGAGAGCUCAUGAUUAUGAUCUGCUAAACUUUCAUUGAAUUUUGUUGUUUUUUAGUUACGUACAAUGAAAAGUAAUAUCAUAAAUUAAAUCUAAAAAACUCAGGAACAACUUGAAUACCUUUAACUUUAAAGGGGACCUUACCAGCCAAACAAAAAAAAGGAAAAAACAUAGCUAGCUAGCUAACCAACUGCCACAGAACUGUCAACUGCCACAACAGGAGAAGUGGGAUAAAAUGCGGAAAACCACAAUAAAAGGACAUCUCAAAAACAAAAAAGAGACAGGAGGACAGGCAGGAACAAAAUAAACUGGAUAAAGGAAAUAGGAAGGUUACAUCAGCUCCCGGGGUAACAGUGUCAGCCUCCCCUACACACACAGUGCCCAGCACUGCUCAGCCAACCUCCUCCAGCACACUGACAGCCCACAGCCCUGCCACACCCAGAACACCUGUGUCUGUACAACGCAUCCGGGACUGAGAGAGAACAAACUCUCAGCGGCUGACAGUAUUCAGAGACUCACAACUGAAUUUACACAACUUAAAGAGGAAACCUGGACAGAGAUUGGCCAACUAGGAGAAAACAUAACUGAUCACCGUAAGGAAAAUGAGGACCUAAGAGCAGAACUGAGUGAAGUAAAAGAGGCACUGGAGCAGAGAGGCACACAGAACCAUCGUCUCAGAGAUCAGAUGCUCAGUGUGAGAGCAGCUCACCCCUCAGACUCACUGCAGACCACAGACUGUUCAUCACAGCCUGAGAGCAGCCAGGCAGGGCUAUGGCCCAGCCCAGAACCACACUCAGCCCCUACCCGGCCCGGCCCACGGCCUGCUGCUGAGAACCAGCCACCGCCACCACAACAGCCCCCUAAAACUGCCAUGCUUGUCAACUCUAACGGCAAGUGAGAGACAGUAAGUGACAAAACAAACAUCAUCACACAAUACUACAGUUUACAGACACACACACAGACAUCACGCACAGACACACAAACACACUCACACAUGCUUAGAAUCAACACAUGUUGGCUGUUAUUAUUAUGUUAUUAGCAUGUUAGUGUUAUAAAAUUAAUAUGUAAUUAUAACAGUUUAUGUAUAUGUAUGUGUAUAUCUGUAUAUAUAUGUAUGUGUAUAUGUAUGUAUGUGUAUGUGUGUAUGUUUGUAUGUAUGUAUGUGCAUGUAUAGUGUAUGUUUACAUGUAUAUGUGCGUAUAUAUAUGUAUGUAUGUAUGUAUGUAUAUAUAUCACGUGUACUAUAUAUACAAUCAUAUUAUCCUGUUAUAAUUCUUUGUUUCACAUGUUCCUUGCCAUGCUUUGGCAAUACAAAUGCAAAUUUUGUCAUGCCAAUAAAGCACUUUGAAUUUGAAGUUGAAUUUGAGAGAGAGAGGGAGAGAACAAAAGGAGAGCCUCUCUGCUUGUCUGAAGACAGAGGAGCGUAAACAAGCACAUCAAAGACUGAGAGAGCUGCAGCUGACGUUUGUGUUCCUGUGGAAGUUUCAGGAAGUGAAUGCAAAUACUUGUAUGAAUGUUUGUGCGUGUGUGUGUGUGUGCGAAUCACACAGAGGAGGAGAAACACUCUCAGUGACCGAAAAGCCACAGAAAAAGGAACGCAGGGGAAUCUGCAGUUAAAUGUCAGCAGGGUCAGAUUCAGCAUUUCCACACAAAGUCUGUUCAGAGUGGAAAAAAACCAACCGCCUCCGCAACACACAUUCAGAAAGACUCGCACUCCCCAACCCAACCCAACCCAACCCAGCCCAGCCCACCACCCACGCCAACCAAACCCAAGCAGACGCCCUCUUCAACCUCAGCCGUUACAUUCGAACAGACUUCCAGAGCAGGCUUGCAGCAGAAAAUUUGCUCGUUUUGAAAGGACAAAACUUAAGCGAUGCUGUUAUUUAUAGGAACAAGACUGUGUUGUUACUUAAAUAAAGGAUGUACAACCCAGUGCGGUCUGUGGCUGGGCUCUGUAAAAGUCAGAGAUGCCAGAUUUAGUCUCGGGAAGGGAAGGUCCUACAAGACAGACCUCGUGUUUUAUUUUUGUCUGUCAAUCAACCAAACACAGAGAGGGGUCUGGGCCAAUGAUUCUGGGCUGUGAGCAUCCGUACCAAAACUCAGGCGUUUCACAGCUUGCCCUGUCAAUCAUACCCUGUCUGGAGAGGGAGGCAGCACAUCACCGGACUGUGAGAUAACUGACUCGGCCCCCUGGCCCCGCCCACUAGAACCCAACCGGUACAGCUCUAUGUCAGUAGUGGAUAGCAAUACACGAGGCGAGCACAUACACUGAAUACCAUUUCAGGCUUACUGCUAAAGGAGAAUGCAGCACACUCUGUUCUUACUAAGAAAAGCAGAAGUUGCCCCCUUUCUCCAGAAAGGAAAUGCUGUUGAGUUGGUUAAAAACCACUUUGUCAUUUUUUAUCACACUCACACACACACACAUUCUCUCUCUCUCACACACAUACAUACACUCGAUCGCUCGCAUGCACACUCACACACACUCGCACGCACGUACACACAGUCACGCACGCAUGCACGCACUCACACACACUCGCACGCAUGCACACACAUACUCAUGCACGCACGCACGCUCACUCACUCACUCACUCACUCACUCACUCACUCACUCACUCACUCACUCACUCACUCACUCACUCACUCACUCACUCACUCACUCACUCACGCACUCACUCAAGCACUCACUCACACACACACACUCAUGCACAUGCACACUCAUACACACGCACACUCACACACACACAGACGCACACUCAGCUCUUUUCUUGCCUGGAGGUGGAAAAGGUUCAGCCUCAGCUGUGCAUGUUGUCUUCUUCUUCAAUGUUUUCUACUUAUCACAGCCCCCCCCCCCCAGCCCCACACCACCCACCCCAAAAUAAAUUCAGCUUUAAAGUAAUUAUACCAGCAAGCCAAAAUAGCCAGUGGGAGGGAGGGAUCAAGCACCCUUAUACUAUGGAAGCCAGUCUAUUUCAUUAUUGCACAAUGAACUCAAGGAUGUGAGUUCUCCCCUGUCAGUGCUUCACUACCAGACAAUUCUGGCUCCUCCUCUACACUGGAACAACCUCCUAACCUCCUCACCUGGGAGAGAUGAGGCAAAGCAUCACACUGAAUAGGUCAGUGGUGUAGCAGGCUCUAGUGACAGGCAGAGCAUCACACUGAAUAGAUUAGUGGUAUAGCAGGCCCUAGUGACAGGCAGAGCAUCACACUGAAUAGAUUAGUGGUAUAGCAGGCCCUAGUGACAGGCAGCACAUCACACUGAAUAGGUCAGUGGUGUAGCAGGCCCUAGUGAAGGGCAGAGCAUCACACUGAAUAGGUCAGUGGUGUAGCAGGCCCUAGUGACAGGCAGCACAUCACACUGAAUAGAUUAGUGGUGUAGCAGGCCCUAGUGACAGGCAGAGCAUCACACUGAAUAGGUCAGUGGUGUAGCAGGCCCUAGUGACAGGCAGAGCAUCACACUGAAUAGGUCAGUGGUGUAGCAGGCCCUAGUGACAGGCAGAGCAUCACACUGAAUAGGUCAGUGGUGUAGCAGGCCCUAGUGACAGGCAGAGCAUCACACUGAAUAGGUCAGUGGUGUAGCAGGCCCUAGUGACAGGCAGAGCAUCACACUGAAUAGGUCAGUGGUGUAGCAGGUCCUAGUGACGGGCAGCACAUCACACUGAAUAGGUCAGUGGUGUAGCAGGCCCUAGUGACAGGCAGAGCAUCACACUGAAUAGGUCAGUGGUGUAGCAGGCCCUAGUGACAGGCAGCACAUCACACUGAAUAGGUCAGUGGUGUAGCAGGCCCUAGUGACAGGCAGAGCAUCACACUGAAUAGGUCAGUGGUGUAGCAGGCCCUAGUGACAGGCAGAGCAUCACACUGAAUAGGUCAGUGGUGUAGCAGGCCCUAGUGACAGGCAGAGCAUCACACUGAAUAGGUCAGUGGUGUAGCAGGCCCUAGUGACAGGCAGAGCAUCACACUGAAUAGGUUAGUGGUAUAGCAGGCCCUAGUGACAGGCAGAGCAUCACACUGAAUAGGUCAGUGGUGUAGCAGGCCCUAGUGACAGGCAGAGCAUCACACUGAAUAGGUCAGUGGUGUAGCAGGCCCUAGUGACAGGCAGAGCAUCACACUGAAUAGGUCAGCGGUGUAGCAGGCCCUAGUGAAGGGGAGCACCAGGCAGCAGGGCACCCGGCUCAGAUCAGAAGCACCCUUUCAGACGGCCGGCCCAUGCCAGCUCUCCCGCAGCUCAUUGGUUACUUCCAUUCAGGAUCCCGAGCAGACGAUUGGUGUUUCUAUGCAGAUCCGCACUCAGCUGACUGGUGUUUCUAUGCAGAUACACGGGGCAGCCGAUUCGUCUUUCCUCGCUGUUUGAGUCAGCGGCCGAUUGGUGCUCUCGCGCGACUUCCAGCGCAAAAGAGACGCGCUCCUGCAGCGCACGGGAGAGGAAGGGACGCCUGAUUGGUGCAACCUGUGUUGGGAAAUAUAAGUCAGCUGACGCCCGAUAGCUGCAGACGCCAGCCUGGAGAGAUUGCCGUUGGGCCCCCACACCUGAAAACUCACGGUUGAUGGACGUUGUGUGGACUUGUGCUAAUUCACAUAGUAAUAAUUAUAAUAAUGCAGGUAGACUGCAUUAUUUCUGAACAAAAUGAUGAAAUAAUGAAAUAAUGAAACCGCCCGGGAGUUGUGACUGCAAGACUCUCUGUUGCUAUGCAAACCACAGAGAUAAAGUGUGUGCCAAUGACUCACCGGAAAGAGCAAAAGAGAGUAAAAGAGAAAAAGGAGAGAGCUCUUUGUUGAAGGAUGCAAUCACUGAUGCUCGUUAUACUGUAUUACAACAAGCGCUAAUGAUUAAAAAGUGUUUUUGUUUCCUAGACUGUUGUGGAAAUACAAUGACAUUUAGCAUUUAAAUUUAAAAUUAGGGGAAGAGAAAACAGGUAUUCACUUCUGUUUUUAUUCGUAUUUUGAUGUCAGUAUGUGUGUGUGUGUGCAUGCUCACAUACAAGCAAAUAAAAGACUGAGAGCUGCA